AUGCCCUUUGUGAAGAGAGACGCGGUUCAGAUGACUCGUGAUUGUUACCCUGGAUUCCAGGGCGGAUUGAUUGUCGUCGCGAAGCUUGGUAUUGGUUAUGUGGGAAUAUUGACCACCCUUUCCCAGAGCAAUGGCAAAUACAAGUAUGAUUAUGCCACAAUUCCUUUUUUAGCUGAGCUCUUCAAGUUAUCUGUCUCAGGCUUCUUCCUCUGGAAGGAAUGCCAUUCUUCAUCUCCACCAAGGAUGACAAAGGAAUGGAGGAGCGUGCAACUAUAUGUUGUUCCUUCAGUCAUAUACCUCAUCCACAACAAUGUCCAGUUUGCGACAUUGACCUAUGUUGACCCGUCUACCUAUCAGAUAAUGGGAAACCUGAAAAUUGUCACAACUGGGAUUUUGUUUAGGCUUGUCCUAAAAAGGAAGUUGUCCAAUCUACAAUGGAUGGCAAUUGUUUUAUUGGCUGUUGGUACAACUGCAAGCCAGGUGAAAGGAUGUGGAGAUGCACCAUGUGAUUCUCUUUUCUCAGCACCAUUGCAGGGUUACAUGCUUGGAAUACUUUCUGCUUGUCUUUCAGCUCUAGCUGGUGUGUACACAGAAUACUUGAUGAAGAAGAAUAAUGAUAGUUUGUACUGGCAAAAUGCACAAUUAUAUACGUUUGGAGUUAUGUUUAACAUGGGCUGGCUAAUUUAUGGUGAUUUUAAAGCUGGAUUUGAGCUGGGUCCAUGGUGGCAGCGCCUUUUUAAUGGUUAUUCAAUCACAACAUGGAUGGUAGUGUUCAAUUUAGGAUCUACUGGUCUUCUAGUAUCAUGGUUGAUGAAAUAUUCUGACAAUAUAGUCAAGGUGUACUCAACUUCAAUGGCAAUGCUUUUGACCAUGGUUUUAUCUAUAUAUCUUUUCAGUGUGAAAGCUACAAUUCAGCUCUUCUUGGGCAUUAUCAUUUGUAUAAUUUCCCUGCAGAUGUAUUUUAUGCCUGUGCACAUGCUUGUUGAAUUGCCACAAACUUUGCCUGUAACAUCAAAGUAG